AGUGCUCCUCCGCCAUCUAUCUCCCAUCGCCGCCGUCAAGGUCAACUUCGAUUAUUUUUUGCUUGAUUAUGAAAAUAAGAUGGGCGGUUCCUUAGCCGUUCCAGAAAAGUCGAUUCACGAGUUCCCUGUCAAGGAUUUCAAAGGUAAAGACGUGAACCUCAGCGAUUACAAGGGGAAAGUGCUUCUCGUCGUCAAUGUUGCCUCCAAAUGUGGGUUCACAGGGUCUAAUUACACCCAGUUGACUGAUUUGUACAACAAAUACAAGGAUAAAGAUUUUGAAAUAUUAGCAUUUCCUUGCAAUCAAUUUUUAAACCAAGAGCCUGGGACAAGCGAGGAAGCACACGAGUUUGCUUGCACUCGAUUCAAAGCUGAAUAUCCCGUGUUCGAUAAAGUGAAAGUUAAUGGUUCAGAGGCAUCACCAGUAUAUAAGUUCCUUAAAGCGAAUGCAGGUGGCUUUUUAGGUUCGGGCAUCAAGUGGAAUUUCACCAAGUUUUUAGUUGACAAAGAAGGGAAAGUUAUUGGACGUUAUAGCCCCACUACUACACCUUUAAAACUUGAGAAAGACAUCCUACAAGCAUUAGAAUUCAAGUGAGAGGUGCUUUAUCUAUACGAACGAUCCCUAAAUGCUGAAAUCAGAACUCAUCAAAGCAUUAUCAUAAUUCUUAUGGGUAUGAAGAAUGAAGGGAGGUCAAGUUUACUUACCCAAAUGUUUAUAUGGUAUGCUUUGUUUUCUCAUUUCAGAUGAACCUAAUGAAUAAUCUGCUGUUUGAGUUCCAUUCACUUCAUUGUUGAUUACUCCAGAAUGGAAGAAUUUACCAUUUCAUUUUAUGUAAAAGAGCAUAAACACGCAUGCUUUCCCGUGGUGUGAUCACCUUUUCUGCUCCCCCCACCCCAUCCCGCCGUAUUUGUCAUUAUUUGUGUAGUGAGUGUGGUCUAAAUAUGUCAUACUCUGUACUAGCUAGUAUGUUGGGUUUUAUUAAUAAAAAAUCUAAUUAAAUAAGACCAAAACAUUCAACGUGUACCAAAAUAAGACUUGGUUUUAUCG